AUGGAAGACCCACAAUAUUUAGUUUCCAAUCUUAGUGAUGCGGAUAGAGGCGGCCAUACAGCGGAAGCCGAAAGACUAACCACCCUUGAUACGGACCAAGAUCUCAAAACUUUGCGGGCUAGCCAUAAUAAUUCUCUCGACCUAUUUGUCGAUCUGCUUCUACUAUCCUGUUCAAUAGCAUUUAUCGUCUUUGCCGGAAUCCUGGGUCACCUUAAUGGCCAACCGGUAGGAAGCAUAAGAGGUUGGAAUAACGUCCAAAAUCUUUAUAACAAGCUCUCUACAGUCUUUCCCAUUCUUUUCGGCUUUAUUGUUGCUAAAGCUAUACGUAAGACGGCGACAUGGAGGUUAGAGAAGGGUACAACUCUGGGCACUGUAGAGCUACUGAUGGGCAGCCUAGAAAUCGGCCGCAGCAUUUCAGCAAUAUACAAUCUUAGAUUGCUCAAUAUCGCAGGUCUCGGUCUCCUUGUAAUCUGGAGUUUAUCGCCCCUCGGGAGUCAGGCUCUGCUGUAUAUCAUCAGGGUGGAACAAACCCCUAUAUUCUCGGCAUUUACCGUCCCAUAUAUGGAUACCGUUAUGCUCAGCUCGCCUUUUGAUCCGGAGAACUCAAAUCUCUAUGGGUCAGCAUUCGAAACCAAUACCAGUGACUUUACAUUCAGGUUACCCAGCCUAAACGCACUCUACAACGGGAAUCUCCUUCAACCUGCAUCGCUGCUGAAUGCAAGUAUGGACUCGUGGGGCAAUGUCAAGAUCCCUGACUAUGCAAGUGCGGCCACAGCGAAUGGGACUAACAGCAGUGGCUGGAUUAACUUCCAACCCACCGAUGACAUUCCAUAUUCUUCGCUGAUCGGCCUUCCUGUGAUCCUCCCCUCUUCGGCUGGUGCCGGCAAUACCACUUUUGCCUUGGAGUCGUCAUAUUUCUCGCUCUCUUGCGAGAAUCUCUCAGUGGUCGCAGACACGAACGAGUUCAUCAACUGUACCGCCAUUGAAAGUCAAAACAUAUUCUCUAAUGACACUUUCUACGGGUUGUCUAACAGGUCGACAUGGUCACUGUGCCUCGACGGCUUCUACGACCCGAGAAUUUGGGACGUGCGAGGUCAUGUCUCGGCUUUUGGGAACGACAGCAAUUUCGUGUACCCUGCGAGGACGCUUCUCUUCCAAUCUUCGCAGCUAAGCAUUGAUUAUGCCAUAGGACUAUGUUCCAUCACAACAGAAUAUCUUGAGUCUGCCGUUUUAUGCGUCGGCGCUCCUUCCAACAAUUGUAGCGUAACCGCAGUGCGGCUAUCGACGCAGCCACACCCCGCCCCCAAUCUCACCGAUCUUUCGUUCUCGCAGGCGUUCAGUGAAUUUAGCCUCAGCAUCACUGAAUCAGACAUUACGUCGCCCUCUCCUCCGGAAAAUGGUGUCAGUUUGAGUGAGCUUUUCAUCACAAACCCCAUUAGUGUCGGCCUGCCAGGACCCGCUGGAGCUGCCUGGAAUGGGUUGACUGCGUCCUUGUUUGGCUUGCGUUUGCAGCAAUUACUUAAUACAUAUUGGAUCGGCAGCUUCGGCGUGGAAGGUAUUAUUGACAAGCUUGCAUUUUAUCCGCCGGCAAACCGCCUUAACACGACCGCGACAAACGUGGUCUGGCAAGACACAUAUGUGGUUCACUGGCAGUGGUUAACAUUGCUAGUUAUCGGGAGCCUGUUGAUGUUCGCAGCUGCGCUGAUCAGUCUUUAUCUGUCGUGGGAGACUCAUGCACCUGAGGUAUUAGGUUAUGUGUCGACGCUAAUAAUCAACUCGCCGUAUGUCCGAGAUGGUAGAGAGGUUGGCAGCACGAUGAGUGGCGAAGACCGAGCUCGAAAAUUUGCCAAGCUGCCACUCAAGAUCUGCGAUGUCCAGCCCCACGCAGAUAUUGGCUACAUAGCCAUUGCCCAAGAUGAUGGCUCAACCGAGCGUCGAGUGUUAGACCUUGAUCGACUUUAUCGAUAA